CACAACUCUUAAUAAUCAAUCAAAUUUUCAUUACUUACAUUCUCUUCCAUGAGCAAAUUCAAAGAUUCUUUUUCAAAGUUAAAAGAAAAUAAAGAAGAUUUAGAUAAACAAUUUUUGACGGCUGUGCAGAGAGACGAUCUUCAUUUCGUUAAUUAUUGUAUUGAAAUCGGUAUUGAUGUUAAUUGUGUCAAUGAGAACCAUCAGACUGCGUUGCACUUAAUUGCAGAAAAAGGAAACAAAUGUAUAGGAACUAUAUUAUUAAAAGCACCAAAUAUAAACAUAGAUGCUAAAGAUAGCAUGGGAGACACUCCCUUGAUGUAUGCUGUUUCUAACGAUCAGCUGAAGUUUGUCAAGCUUCUGUUGAAGAGCAAAGCAAAUCCAAAUAUGCAGAAUCAUUUUGAAAAGACUCCUCUCCAUAUAGCUGUAUCACAAGGUGACGCCAACCUCGUCACGGCAUUACUGGACUAUAAUGCUAAUCCAAACAUGCAAGAUGCUUACGGAAAUACACCACUAUCAUUAAGCACUAUGGAAUACCAUAACGAGAAUAUAGCAAAGAUUCUUCUGAUGUCUGGUGCAAAUCCGGAUUUGGAAACUCAGAAACCUCAAUGCUUGCUUACAGGUUACCAUUUUAUAUAA